CCCCCUCCCCCCAAUCCCAAACAAACCCAAAACAAAAUCCCCCAAAGACCCUGAGGCCCUAAACAGUGGGGACCUAACCUCGGAAGCCAGGGAAGCCGCUACCAACGAGAGGGCGGGAUCACAGCAGCGCGUGCUGCCUGCUUCCGGUCACGUGUGCACCCUAGCCAACGGUAAAGCUUUACGUCACUCCCGCUUCCUCACCCUGGCAACGGGCGAGUCCUGACAACGGACUACUUCCAGUGGGUACUUCCAGUGCCGUGAGGGCUCUGCGGUGGCGCGGGGUAAUUCCUCUUAUACAGUUGCUUUCGGACAGAAGUAUACUCUUUUCCUAAGAGAAGAUGAUAAUCUUGGAGAAUGACCAUGGAAAAGGGGAUGAGUUCUGGAGAAGGGCUGCCUUCCAGAUCACCUCAGGCUUCUGCUGCUAAAGUAACAGUCAAGGAAUGAACCAAGCAGUCCUGUAAAGAGAAACGAGGUGGCUUUGUGCUGGUGCAUGCAGGUGCAGGUUAUCAUUCUGAAUCCAAAGCCAAGGAAUAUAAACAUGUAUGCAAACGAGCUUGUCGGAAGGCAAUUGAAAAACUACAGGCUGGUGCUCUUGCUACAGAUGCAGUGACUGCAGCUCUAGUGGAACUUGAG